GCUGAAAAUUGGCUUGGACUGGAAGGGGGUGGCUGGAGUGGAAGAGAAUGAAGCAGCACAAUAAGCCAGUCAGUUCAUGUGCUCACAAGCAGGGGUGGACUGACAACUCAUGGGGCCCCCCGGGCAAUAGGGAUCAUGGGGCCCCUGUGUCCUUGCCCAAACUCAAAAAAGCCUAUGAAAAAGGUACCAGGGGCAUCUCAUGGGGCCCCCUACUGACCCCGGGCCCUCGGGCAGUCCCCGAGUUUUCCAAAUGGUCAAUCCGCCCCUGGUCACAAGACGUAUGC